AUGGAACAAAUUGAUAGAGUGAGAAAUGCGACCCAGGCAGCAAAGGGAUUCGCCUCAAGCUCCGCCGGGCAGCUGGCGAGGAUCGAGGGCCUGGUGACUGUGGCCUGCAUCCUUGUCGGCAUCCUUGUUGUGUCCAACUCGAGGCGACGCCAUGACGGCCGUUUCAUGGCCAGGCUCGUCGUCUGGGGCGCCUUCAUGUUCAACUUCCCGGUGAUCUCCUACACCAUCGGCCUGAUGCAGUCGUCGUCCAUCCGGAACGAGCUCUUCGUCGUGUGGGCCUGCUUCCUCCUCCUCCUCCUCGGCAGCGCCGACACCAUGACGGCAUUCAGCUUCAACGACAGCAGCCAGCAGACAAGAUCCAUGAUGAACCAGGCCCUGCACGUCGUCUACCUGCUGUUUCUGAUACUCUACUACAAAGGUCAGCUCCGCGGCAGCUUCCUCGUGAUUUUAUUUCUGCUCUGGUGCUUAAGCGUUGUAAGGCUUGGCCUGAGGUGCAAGGCCUACCGGUCAACGUGCCGCUCCCGUGGGCUGAUCAGGGAAAACCAGGUCAUGUUCGAGUACAUGAAGUACGAACCACUGAACAGUCCUGGUAUCCAAGGUGGUGUCUACAACGCAGAAACCAUGGAGGGGUACAUCUACCUUGUCGACGGCAAGGAAGUGAAGAAGGUGCAGUAUGGAGAAGAGGUCAUACGCGUGUCUUACCGCGAGCCGGAAACGGUGGUGGACGUCCCCGGAAUUGACACGGCGCCGGACAUCGCCGGAGCUGAGACGGGAGAUGCCCACCAAUUAAGGGUGGAUGCCGAAAAAACAGUAGACGUCGCAAGAAUCUGGCAAUGCAAAGGGAAGUUACUGCAAUAUGGCGGCGAUAAAGGUGCUUCAAGGCGCAGGGAUCUGUGUCUCUCCUUUGCUCUCUUCAGGAUUCUCAGGCUAAGGUUUGCAGUUGAUCAUGUUGGCAAUAUAUUCUUCCCCUUUCAGUCUGACAAGUGUCGAGAUUUUGUUGUCAAAGGGCUCCUCUCGGAUGAUGAAGAUCUCGAUAGAGCAUUCCGGGUAGUCGAGGCAGAGCUCGGCUUCCUCUUUGAUUUCUUUUAUGCUCGGUACCCGUCCAUCAAAGACACCCUAGCUCCCGAUUUGAUUGUGUAUGCUGCGAUCCUUGCAACCAGCAUAUUUACUCUCUUCUCCCCAGACCUCCUCAAGUACCAGCCGACUGGGGUCAGUGCAAACAUCUUCAUCCAUGGCUUCAAUCUUGAUCUUCUCGUCACUCGUUUGGUCAUCGUCUGGUACAUACUUCUCGAGUCGUACCAGUUCCUUUCGUUGUUCAUCUUCUCCGACUGGCACAAGGUGAAGAUGUUGUGCCGGUACGUGCGGAAGGAGUCAUGGCACAUGGCGUUAGUGGAGAUCCCACUCAAGGUCCUGUGCUAUUUCACCUUCUCAAAGUACUGGAAGGGAAGCAUCGGCCAGUACUUCAUCCUCGACAAUGCCCAUCCUCACCCGGUGAAGUCCUUCCUAUCAUGGAUAUCGCUCGAGGCCCUGGACUCAUCACUGAUGACCAAGUCCAUCAGCUUGCCACUCGAUGUGAGGGAAGCUGUCCUUCGCCAACUCAAGGCCAUUGCCGGCAAGGUCACCGAUGGAAGGAUGUGGCUGUAUGAGAUGGGCAUCGUCGACCUGGAUCUCGAUCGCGACUGCUUGCUUGGCCACACGUAUGCCCGCUACAUCAUGACAUGGCACAUAGCCACAAGCAUCUGCAGCUACGGCAAAGAGGUGGCGGAGCUGAAUGCCCGCAAACAGGCGGCGGAGCUGAUUGCCAGCAAACAGGAGAAUGCCAGCAAAGAGGCAGUUGAGCUCAUGAAGAACCAUGCGGUGGCUACUAAGCUGUCCGGGUACUGUGCAUAUCUGAUGGCCUUCAAACCGGACCUGGUUCCGGACAGCACUUACACGAGCUUAUCGAUGGCCCGUGGUACGCUGCACAACGCCCGUGAGUUCCUUGGCAAAUGCAAGUCCAACAAGGAGAAGUACGAUAAACUGAUCGCCUUAGGGAAGAUACAGUCCACUAACCACGAGGUCCGCUUUCUGUCUGAGGGCGCGAGGAUCGCUGUUUACCUCGUCGAAAAGAUUAAGACCGAGGAGGAACGAUGGAGGGUGCUUGCCACCUUCUGGGCGAACAUGAUGCUGUGGAUCGGCUCAUCGGACAGAGCAGUGGCACAUGCCACCAGCAUGGCAACCGGCGGGGAGUUCAUAACACUCAUAUGGGCUCUGCUCACACAUGCCUACGUGGUAGACAAGCUUCAGGAGAAUGGUGGUAACUCAGGAUUGCAUAUGCAGCUGAAUAAAAAUCAGGAUGGGCAAGAGGCGACAAGCUGA